UUCACCAACGGCUUGAUUUCUCAUAUUAGGGUUCAUCUCCAGAAUUGUUCCUCUUCCUUUUACAGUCUCUCCGGCGAUUUCGACUGUGGCAUUUUCCGACUACCUCGUGGCGGUUGUUUGUUUAUUUGAUUUGGAAGACGACUCAUCAAUUACGGCCUAAAGAACUGCGUUCGCACCUGAAACCAUACGUCCUAGGACAAUAGAACUGCAUUGCUUAUUCAUAUUCAGUUUGAUAGAAUAGGAAGUAAGAAGGUUGCGUAUCAAUGGAUUAUUCUUCAAUAAAUGGACUCCAUAAUUUUAGUUUGACUCUCGCAUCAAGAAGAGCUGAAGAAGCUGCUUGGAGGCGGUAUGAAGCUGUUAGGUGGCUUGAAAGCUUUGUUGGCCCACUCGGCCUGCCUACUCAGCCAUCAGAGAUGGAGUUUAUUUCUUGCUUGAGAAAUGGCCUUGUCCUGUGUAAUGCAAUUAACAAGAUUCAACCAGGAUCAGUGCCCAAGGUGGUGGAUAACCCAUGCCCUUUACAAUCACUUACGUGGGAGUGUCAGCCAUUGCCUGCCUAUCAAUACUUUGAGAACGUUCGGAACUUUUUGGUUGCUGCAAGAGAGCUAAAUCUGCCUGCUUUUGAAGCUUCAGAUUUAGAAAGGGAUACAUUUGAGGCAAAGGUAGUGGAUUGUGUUUUGGCUUUGAAAUCUCUUCAUGAGUCCAAACAGAUGAGUAAUGAAAAUGGAUUUCACAAACACGUGAAAUCAUCUCCUCUGGUUUUACAUUCUGCUAAGAAGACGCUUCCAAGACCUUUGUCCACAGUUUCAUUGGGAUCUUGUAGACGCUUGGAUAUGUCUGAGAUGAGUGAGAAACAACGUCCUGUUGGAAGCGAAAAUGCAGAACUUGAAGAACUAAUUGUCAAGUCACUCGUUGAUUGCCUGGUUCAAGAAAAGGAAAAUUUUGAUGGGGACCUUCUUGUUUCUCUAAGAAAUGGAGAUAAGGAUCCCGUUAGGUUAUUCCAAAAGGUUGUAUCAAUUUGUUCAGACAAAUCGCUUCAAGAAAGCUUUUCAGAGUUUGAUACAGGUUUAAAAGAUGAAUUAAAAGAAAGAAGCAGCUUCCUAGCCCGUUCAGAUAUAGUUUUAGAUAACAUUACGACCCUUGACAAUUCACAGAAGCGAUGCAAAGCUUGCUACAAAAAGAAAAGCUGCAAUCACAGCGAACUAUUUUAUACUCAAGAGAAGGAACUUUUGGAUCUCAAAGCUCUUCUAUCUAAAACAAAGUUGGAAUUUUAUGACUUGCAGUCUCAGUUACAAAGAGACUUAAAGGACCUAGAAAAUCAAGUGCAAGAGCUAUCAAAUGCUGCUCUUGGUUAUCAUAAUGUGGUUCAGGAGAAUAGGAGCCUGUAUAACACGGUCCAAGAUUUAAAGGGCAAUAUUCGAGUUUACUGCAGAAUAAGACCCUCGUUCAAUUGUUCAUCAAAAGAUGUGAUAGAAUUUAUUGGGGAGGAUGGUUCAUUAAUGGUAUUAGAUCCAUUAAAAUCCAAAAAAUAUGGAAGAAAGGCUUUUCGGUUUAAUCGUGUAUUUGGCCCAGCUGCAAAGCAAGAUGAUGUCUUUAAGGAUAUUCAACCAUUAAUUAGAUCUGUGAUGGACGGUUACAAUGUAUGCGUAUUUGCCUAUGGGCAAACUGGAUCAGGAAAAACGCACACCAUGAAUGGUCCAUCUGGUGGAGCUGACAAAGACUUUGGAAUCAAUUAUCUAGCUCUUAAUGAUCUAUUUCAGAUCCAGAAUGUAAGGAAGGACAUAGAUUAUGAAAUCAAUGUCCAAAUGGUUGAAAUUUACAAUGAACAAGUACGAGACCUUCUUGUUGCAGAAUCAUCAAUUACCAAAUUAGAGAUUCGAAGCUGUACUAGUGACACUGGAUUGAGCCUUCCAGAUGCAACCCGACAUUCUGUCAAAUCAACUGCUGAUGUUCUCAAUCUGAUAAAACUUGGAGAGUUGAAUCGUGCAGUGAGUUUCACUUCUAUGAACAAUCAAAGUAGCCGUUCACACAGUAUUUUGACUGUUUAUGUUCAUGGAAAGGACAAUUCUGGGAGCUCCAUUCGCAGCUGCCUACAUUUGGUAGAUCUUGCAGGAAGCGAAAGGAUUGACAAAUCUGAGGUUACGGGAGAUAGGCUUAAGGAGGCGCAGUAUAUUAAUAAGUCUCUCUCUUGUUUAGGAGAUGUGAUCAUGGCUUUAGCCCAAAAGAAUUCUCAUAUUCCUUACAGAAAUAGUAAACUCACACUUCUCUUGCAGGAUUCUCUAGGUGGACAUGCCAAAACAGUAAUGUUUGCGCAUGUAAGUCCAGAAGAAGAUUCUUUCAGUGAAACUUUAAGCACUUUGAAAUUUGCUCAAAAUGUUUCGACUGUUGAACUUGGUUCUGCUUGCUUGAACAAGGAAAGCAGUGAAGUCGUGCAACUGAAGGCUCAGGUUGAGAAUCUUAAGAAAGCUCUGGCUAAUAAUGAAGUUGAAUGGGCCUCAAAUAAGUCUAAGGCACCAAGAUCACCAAGACAAGUAGCUGAGAGAACUCCUCCACGCCCUCGAAGGUUGAGCAUUGAAAAUUGCAGCAGUGCUAAGACCGAGUUACUGUCCAAAGAAGCGAUGGGAAAGGGCUCGAAGACACCCUCUAUACGCACCAGAAGAUCGAGUUUGGAGGGUCCAAAAUGUAUUAACAACGAUGGUUUACUGACGAAGCUAGUAGAAGAUGGAAGUAAGAAUCAGGCUCUGACAUUCCAGAAAUGUGGCAUAAUUCAAAACUCGGUAACAACCUCUAGAGUUUCUCAUAGCAUCAGUAAUGGCACCGGUGCAUUGGAGAUGAACCAUAAGGCUCCUGCUCGAAGUCCUCAAGGUGCUAGUUAUAUGAAGCGUACGAUCGACACUAAAGGUACUCGAAUCCCUAGCCUUCAGCUGCCGAAGACUCCUGAACCACCAAAGCAUGUUAGAAAUGACAUCCAGAAUCAAAUGCAAAGCGAUUCAAUGUUUCCCACCGACGCCCAGACACUCAAUCUGAAUAGUACAGCAAGUGGAAAAGGGUCUCGAAUAAGAAGAUCCAUGAGGACCAUUGGGAAGCUGAUUAAUGGCUCUGAGAAGAGGAACCGACAGAAUGUGACAGAAUUGCAUACCCCAAUGCAAGCUACAUCUACUUGUAAUAUUAAUCUUGACAUAUCACCAUUGACAACUAAUUCAAGGAUGCAAAGGAGGCAAUCACUAACUGGCAUCCAAAUGACAGGGUCGAGCACAUCUCGAAGAUCAUCUCUUGGAGGAAAACCAACUGAUUCAAAUGUUCAAAAAGUAUUAGACACUAGAAAUGCGAGGACCCCUCCUCCGAUCCGUCAGUCGACCCAGGUAACCAAGCGGUGGCUGUAAUCGUGUAUAGAGCGGAUGCUGGGGGAAGAGCGUGAUUCAAGUUUGAGCAGAGAAGUGACUGGAGGUAAUUUUUGUAGUAUAGAGCUUUAAAUUUAAAGCCAUCAUGUUGACUGAUUUUAACUUUCACUGUCCAUUUUUAGGUGGAGAUGAACUCUCUUAGUUCUUUCCAUCGUAGAAUUGGUGUUGAUUUCUUCUUUGUAUAGCUAGAGAUUUAGUUUUUCAUGUAAUCAUUUAGUGUAUGCUUGCCUUGCUCUCUGCUGUCCAAGAGAACUUACUGUAAUUCUUCACAGCUUGAUGAAAACUAAAAUACCAGCUUGGGCCAAAUGGAUUUCAAUGGAAAACCCAUUUUUUGUGCA